AUGUCAUCUUUUGUUCAUCAUGCUAACGAGCCUGAUAUUCAAUAUGAAGCUGAUGGGGCAAGGAUGAUGUUGCUAAGGAUGAACUUCCCUCAAAAUCUAGUUGACCUCGCACUAAGUAGACUUGGUAAAGGGACGCCGGUUGAUGAGAUGAUAGACUUCAUUACUGCUGCUCAAUUAGCUGAAGAGUAUGCAGAAGAAUCUGAAGACUUACUUGAUGGUACUGAAACCAAUAGAGAAGAUGAAAAUGUUAUUCUAUCAACGGAGGUUCCCAGUGAGUUACUGUUUGAGGAAAUGGGCAAAACUUUGCAACUAUUGGAAAGGGGAUUCUCUCACGAUGAAAUAUCAAAAGAAAUUGAGAAGUUAGGUGAGAAGCUUAGGCAGUUACAUAAAGUCUCAGCUGCUCCUGCAACAUGCCCUUCAAAGAGUUGGAGAUUUGUUGGUGUUAAUGCCAAGAAAAAGCAUGGUGAUGUGGGUUCAUCGAGUGGCACAUCCAAUGUGGGAGAGAGCUCAAAGAGUAAAAGAAAAAAGGAUAAAGUUGACAGAGAGACUGACAGAGGGAAACGUCUAAGACCUGAACCUAUGGGAAGCUCAAGUUCAGUAAUGGAAACACCAAGGAUGAAUGAUGAGUUGAUAGAGAACUCGUAUGAGUCUCCCAGUGCAAUGCAGCCACGUUUGUCCAAGAUGCGUCCCUUAGAUUUGGUCAAACGACCUUAUUUUUUCUAUGGAAACUUAACUGAGUUAUCGCCUCAGUGGUGGUCUAAGAUCUCGAGGUUCUUCUUUGGAAUUCAUCCUGAAAUUGUAGAUACUCGGUUGUGGUCAGCGCUGCGUAGGAGAGAAGGGUACGUGCACAAUCUUCCCAUCGAAAACCGGUUCCAUAUACUCCCAAAGCCAUGUAGGAGUGCUCCAAACACCAUCUCACCCGUAGAGCCUGAUAAUAUGGAGUGCAUUAUGGGAUAUCCAUCAAACCACACAAAAAUAGGUGGUGGAAUAAAAUUGGCUGCAAGAAUGAAGCUGCUGGAUUAUUGCUUCCAAACUGAUACAUUGGGCUACCAUCUCUCUGUGCUCAAACCUAUGUUUCCACAAGGGUUGACAGUUUUAUCACUCUUUAGCGGAAUUGGUGGUGCUGAAAUCGCGUUAAGCCGCCUUGGAGUUCAUCUGAAAGUUGUAUUCUCUGUUGAGUCUUGUGGAGUGAGCCGUAAUAUAAUGAAGAGAUGGUGGCAGACUUCAGGACAAUCUGGAGAGCUCGUGCAGAUUGAAGAUAUCACGAGCUUAAGGAUAAAGAAGCUGGAGAAUUUGGUGCAAAGGUUUGGGGGAUUCGACUUAGUCAUAUGUCAAAAUCCACCAACACCAGCUGAUCUCUCUAAAGAAAGCUCAAGAAGCGAAGCCUGCAAGUUUGACUUUAUGUUGUUUAACGAGGUUGUUCGUGUUUCACGACGUGUCAAAGAUCUGAUGAGUUAA